AAGCGAAACCUAGAGCUGACUGUCCGCUCUCUCGCUGGGUCUUCCGCGGACUCGAGCGGCACCUGUGAGCGAACAGCCACGCCAGCUCGGAGCCAGCGCGCCUGGAGGAGAUCGGGUCCCAGAGCGCGGUUCAAAUCCUGCAUCCUGAGCGUGGGUCCAGCCGGGAUAGUGGAACCAGGUUAAGGGGAAAAUGGCUGAAGGUUUUACACCAGGUUUCUUCAUAGAAGAACUUAACAAGUACCAUCAGAGAUCUGGAGUAACACUUAAGUAUAAUGAGCUGCCUGUUUCAGGACCUCCACAUGAAAGAACGUUUACAUUUCAAGUUGUAAUAGAUGGAAGACAUUUUCCAGAAGCAAAAGGUAGAUCAAAGCAGGAAGCAAGAAAUGCAGCUGCCAGAUUAGCUGUUGAGGCACUUAAUAAAGAGAACAAGGCAGUUAGUCCUUUACUGUUGAUGACAGAUACUUCUGACGGUUCACCCAUUGGGAAUUACAUGGGCCUUGUCAAUACAAUUUCCCAGAAGGAAAACCUACCUGUAAAUUAUGAACAGAGUGGCUCCAGUACUCAGGGAUUUGAGUGUAAAUGCAAAAUCGGGUCAGUAACAUAUGGUACUGGUUCCAGUUCUACUAAACAGAUGGCAAAACAAUUGGCCGCUAAAGAGGCGUAUUUUAAGAAAAUGUCAGAAAAAAGUUCAAUGAAAACUGACCGAACAUCAUCUGGUGUUUCCAGUUCUUCAUCCUAUGACUUCUGCAAGUCUUCUGUAGAAAGUUCUUUCACUUCUGAGUCAACACCUGAAAGUGAUUUCUCGGAAAAUGCACCCAAAAGUGACAGUUUCAGCCCCUCUUCUGCAUCUCCUGCUUUGAAUGGUCUCAGACACCAUAAGAAGAAAAAAGUGAGUUUGGCACCUAAAUUUGGUCUUUCUGAUACACAAGGAAAUGAAUACACGAUAGAAGAGAGAUUUGUCAAGCAUUUUGAAGAAAUAGAAGAAAUUGGCUCAGGUGGAUUUGGCCAAGUUUUCAAAGCAAAACACAGAAUUGAUGGAAAGACCUAUGCUAUUAAACGUGUUAAAUAUAAUACAGAGAAGGCAGAGCGUGAAGUAAAGGUUCUGGCAUCACUUAACCACGACAAUAUUGUUCAUUACCAUGGGUGCUGGGUUGGAGUUGAUUACGAUCUUGAGAAGAGCUUGGAUUAUGGGCCAAGAUCAAAGACGCAGUGCCUUUUCAUCAAAAUGGAAUUCUGUGAUAAAGGAACAUUGGAGGGAUGGAUGAAAAACAGAAAACACAAUGAAUCAUACAAAACUUUGGCUUUGGAAUUAUUUGAACAAAUAACCACAGGGGUGCAUUAUAUACACUCAAAAGGUUUAAUUCAUAGAGACCUUAAGCCAGGUAAUAUAUUUUUAGUAGAUGAAAAGCACAUAAAGAUUGGAGACUUUGGACUUGCAACAGCCUUGAAAAUUGACGAUGAAAAGCGAACAAGGAGUAUAGGAACUAUGCUGUACAUGAGUCCAGAACAGAAGUCUUCACAAGAAUAUGGAAAAGAAGUGGACAUCUUUACUUUGGGGCUGAUUCUUGCUGAACUUCUUCACCCAUGUGACACUGUUUCAGAAACAGUAGAGUUUUUCGAAGAUAUAAGGAAUGGAUUCUUCUCUCCUGAUAUAUUUACAAGCAAAGAGAAAAAUCUUCUACAGAAAUUACUCUCAAAGGAACCCAAGGAACGACCUAACACAUUUGAAAUUCUAAGGACCUUGUCUGAGUGGAAGAAUGUUCCAGAGGAAAGGAAAAGACACACAUGUUAAGGCCUUUCUGCAAAAGUGCCCUGCUUCUCAUAUGUGAUUUUCUUUUAAUUAUCUAAAAUCUGAUAGGGAAUAUGGUAGAUACUUUCCUUUUCUUUCCUUAAGAUUUUAGUGUAUUUGCAGACUGAUUUUUAUUUUC